CGCUGCCGCCUCCUGCCCUUCCCGUCGUCUCCCGCUUCUCCCAGCGGUCCCCGCGCCUGAAGAUGGCGGCUCCGUCAGAAACGCAGGGCUCAGCCCGGUAGUUCCGCCGCGCCGAUGGGGCCACGUGACCCUACCGGGCCGCGCUGCUACGCCCUUUACGCCGUCCUGGGUGCCCUGGUGUGCGGUCUGUGGCCGGCGGCGAUGGCGGCGAGCGAUGAGAGGCGUUCGGCGAGCCCGGUGGCGGCCACUCCGUGCUGGCGGGUGGAGGACUUCGUGGUGGCCCAGGAGUGCACCCGCUGCUCCAGCUUCCAGGCGAAGACUAUAGCGGAGUGCAGCCCCACCGGCUUCAUUGAGAAAAUUAGCUGUGCCACCUCCAAGAGGGACGAAUUCAAGAGCUGUCGUUCGGCAGUGAUGGAGGCGCACGUUUUCUGGAGAUUCGUCGGCACCAUGAUGUGCGUUGCCACCAUCUUUGCGGUGCUUGUGGUGUGUCGCCAGCGCGUGCUGGACAGGAAGGCCCUGGAGAAGGUCCGCAAGCAGAUUGAGUCCAUUUAGCAGAGCCCGGCUGUCCUGGAGCGAGAACUCUGCUCACGUGCUGCUCCCAACCGGGUGGGAGAAGGAACAGGUGCCUGGGGCAGGCCCUGCCCUGCUCUGUGAACACAGGAGUCCUGCUGGGAGCUGCCUCGGAUGCCACCGGGGCAUCCCAUGGGACCAGCUGAGGGGUGCCUGCCUGCACGGGGCAGGCCCCUGGGGAGCACAGUGUGUAAUAAAUCCUGAUCGUUGUCACCAGAACAA